GCAGAGUUGGGGAAACUGUAAAGCAGGACUGCCUUCCCCAAACUACGCUGUAGCUGGUGAGGCAGCCUGGUUUAAGGAAUAAAUAGUGCAGGUUCUGGCCCAGCUCCACCUCUGAUGACGGUGUUCUGUGACCUUGGGCUCAGGGCCCAUCUUAGUGGCUGUCCCUCUCUGCACACUGACACCUUGGCCUUCUCCCCUUCUGUGUCUUUCCUUACUCACCCUGCCUCCUUCUAGAACUUUUCCAUCUCUUUAGGCCCUUAAGUGCAUGGGUUUCAGAGCCAGAAAUAUACAGGUUCAAACCCCAGGUCUGCUACUUGCUCUGUGACCUUAGGCAGAGCACUUAACCUCUCUAGCCCUCGAUUUUCUCCUCUGCAAAGUGGGUAUUAUAAUUAUAUCUGCCUCAUAGGGUCUGUAAUGGAAAAACUCAGUUCAGUCUCCCACCUUCUGUGUUUCUCCUUUACUAGUCACACAGAACCCUUCACUUUUGACACUUCUGGUCACCAAAUGUGUAGGUUUUUCCCCCACCAAGCAAUUCCCCAUGACAUUAGCUGGGUGUCCUACAACUGAGCUCAAUUCUGAUACUACCUACUUGGAGAUAGCGUCAGAUCCCCCAGGUUAAGGGCUUAGUCCCACAAGCCUCUUCCCACCCCACUUCAGAUGCCAAUGGCAAGUAGUCGGUCCCCAGGUUACCCACAACUUCUGUCUGGCUUGGCUACCAUUUGGGGGUUCCCAUGACUCCCUCCUUGGGUUCUGUUAGUUUGCUAGAGAGGCACACAGAACUCAGGGAAACAAUUACAUUUACCAGUUUAUUAAAGGACAUGGUAGAGGAUACAAAUGGACAGGUAGAUGAAGUGAUACGCAGGGAGAGGUCUGGGAAGGUCCUGAGAGCGGGAGCUUCUGUCCCUGUGGAGUUGGGAUGUGUCAUCCUCCCAGGACGUCACCUUCCCAACCUGGAAACUCUCUGAACCCCCUACUAUUGGGAUUCUAUGGAGGCUUCCUCAUGUAGGCUUGGUCAAUUAUUUAUUCCAUUUCCACUCUUCUCUCCUCUCUGAAGGAUGGGGGAGGAGCUGAAAAUUCCAAGCUUCUAAUCACGGCUUGGUCUUUCUGGUGACAUAUCCCCAUCCAGGAGCCAUCCAGGGGCUCACCCAGAGUUGCCGCAAUAGGAAAAAAGACGAGUCUGGUGUUCUUAUCACUUCGGAAAUUACAAGGGGACUGGAUCUUUGGUCCACCAUAGUGAGGCUGGGCUCUGAAAAGGGCUUCCCUAGGGCACACAAGCACAUAUGGUAUUUCAGUGUGUCCCGCCACAUAAAGGUCCCCCACCCUGAGAGCUGACACAGAGCUUGGCCAGGAGAGUGAGGCUGUGUCACUCCCACCUGCCCCUUGUCCAGGUGCCUUAAUGGCAGCCCCAUUUUUGCCCUCUCUGUGUUCCAAGUUUGGUGAUGUUACCUUUUUUUUUCUCUUUCUUACUAUUAUGAAUAAUUUUCUUUAAAUUUAAACUUACUGGACUUCAUAAAUAUAUUUAAUAGGAAACUUCAUAAUACUACAGUUAUCCAUACAGCAUUAACAUCACCUGCCAGAAAGAGAAGGUCACUGGCAGAAUAAAUAUACAGAAAACAAAGCAAGGUUAGUAAGUCUGAGCUACCUGCUCCUGCGCUGACAAUAGCUCUCAGUCUGUGACCUGCGUUGUCGGAUUUAAAGGGCAAUUUGCAAAUGUCAGAAAUGUGUUACAGGUGUGCUAGCACCACGUGGAGACUUUCUCCUUGAUGGAAAGGAAGUUUAGGAGGGACUCGCCUCCUCCCUUCGUGAUCUAAACCACCUAAAACUUCCGCCCAGGGACACAGGUGAUGUUGGUGGCUCCUUCCUUGUCUGAAGUCGGCCACUCAGAGUGCAUUUAUUCCUCCUACAGAGACCUCAUCUCUAGACAGUCGGAGACACAGCAGAUGGAGGUCCUGAAGGAGAAAGUGGAGGAGGAAGAGGAGGCCGAGCGGGCCGAGAGGGCCGAGAAAAUGAUGAGGCCGAUGGAGAUGCGGAAGGAGGACACCACCAGGACGCAGGAGAUGCUCAGAGACCUGGAGAGGAAGCUGUCGGAGAUUGAGGUCUCCAUCCCGGAGAAGCCCUCGACUUUUACCAAGGAUGCUAUUGACACUUCCAAGCUGCCCCUUUCCUACCAAAGCAACACGCCCAAGGAGGAACACCUGCUGCAGGUGGCAGACAACUUCUCCCGCCAGUACAGCCACUUGUGCCCGGACCGCGUGCCCCUCUUCUUGUACCCAGUGAACGAGUGCAACGUGCCUAAGUUCGUGAGCACGACCAUCCGGCCCACACUGAUGCCCUACCCUGAGCUCUACAACUGGGACACCUGCGCCCAGUUUGUCUCAGACUUCCUGUCCGCGGUGCCCUUGCCCGACCCCCUCAAGCCGCCCUCCUACCUGUACUCCUCGACCAUGGUGCUCAAGCACCAGGAGGGCAACUGCUUUGACUUCAGCACGCUGCUCUGCUCCGUGCUGCUCGGCGCCGGCUACGAUGCCUACUGCGUCUACGGCUAUGGCUCGCAGGACCUGUGCCACAUGGACCUGACUCGGGAGGUGUGCCCACUCACCGUGAAGCCCAAGGAGAUGGUCAAGGAGGAGGAAAAGGCACCACCUAAGAAGUACGCUGUCAAACCGCCCAGGGACCUGACAAGCAGGUUUGAGCGGGAGCAGGAGGUUAAAAGGCAGGAGGGAGUCAAGGCCGAGGAGGAGAAGCGGCUGAAGCAGGGGGAGCUCCUCGCGGAGCAGGAGAGUGCAAAGACCGACCCCCUGCACGGCCUGCGGGUACACUCCUGGGUCCUGGUGUUGUCGGGGAAGCGCGAGGUGCCCGAGAGCUUUUUCAUUGACCCGUUCACUGCACGCAGCUACAGCACCCAAGACGACCACUUCCUGGGAAUAGAGAGCCUCUGGAACCACAAGAACUACUGGGUCAACAUGCAGGACUGUUGGAACUGCUGCAAGGACCUGGUCUUUGACCUGGGAGACCCUGUGAGGUGGGAGUACCUGCUCUUGGAGACCGACAAGCCUCUCCUGUCCCUGACUGAGGAGGAGGACGAUGGGACGAACGAUGACGACGAUGCAGAAAAUCUGGGCAAGGAGGAUGAGGAUAAGAGCUUCGACAUGCCGUGCUCGUGGGUGGAGCGGAUUGAGAUCUCCCCAGAAGCGUUCGAGACCCGCUGCCCAAACGGGAAGAAGGUGAUACAGUACAAGAGGGCAAGGCUGGAGAAGUGGGCCCCGUACCUCAACAACAACGGCCUUGUGUGCCGCCUCACCACCUACGAGGACUUGGAGUGUACCAAGAUUUUGGAGAUAAAGGAGUGGUUCCAGAACCGGGAGGAUAUGCUGGAGCUGAAGCACAUAAACAAGGUCACGGGCCUGAACAUCGACUACUUCAAGCCGGGCCACCCCCAGGCUCUGCGUGUGCACUCAUACACGUCCAUGCAACCCGAGAUGGACCGCGUCAUGGAGUUUUAUGAAAAGGUCCGCGUGGACGGCCUGAUCAAACGGGAGGAGACGCCCAGGACAAUGACGGAGUACUACCAAGGGCGGCCCGACCUCCUCUCCUACCGCCAUGUCAAUUUCGGGCCCCGGAUCAAGAAGUUGGCUCUGAACAGUGCAGAGUCAAACCCCCGGCCCGUGGUGAAAAUCACAGAGCGAUUCUUCCGCAACCCUGCGAAGCCUGCAGAUGAAGACGUGGCAGAGCGCGUGUUUCUGAUCCUGGAUGAGCGCAUCCAGCUGCGCUACCACUGCCGCGAGGACCACCUCACGGCCUCCAAGCGUGAGUUCCUGUGGCGCACGGAGGGGGACAGCAAGGGCAACAAGAUCAUCAUGACGCCUGACAUGUGUCUCAGCUUUGAGGUGGAGCCCAUGGAGCACACCAAGAAGCUUCUCUACCAGUACGAGGCCAUGAUGAAGCUGAAGAACGAGGAGAAGUUGGCCAGGCAUCAGGCUUGGGAGUCAGAGCUGGAGGUGCUGGAGAUCCUGAAGCUUCGGGAGGAAGAGGAGGAGGCGCAUGCGCUGACCAUCUCCAUCUACGACACCAAGCGCAACGAGAAGAGCAAGGAGUAUCGGGAGGCCAUGGAGCGCAUGAUGCACGAGGAGCACCUGUGGCAGGCGGAGGCCCAGCUGGACUACCUGGCCCCGUUUCUGGCACAGCUCCCACCGGGAGAGAAGCUGACGCGCUGGCAGGCCGUGCGCCUCAAAGAUGAGUGCCUCAGUGACUUCAAGCAGCGGCUCAUCGACAAGGCCAACCUCAUCCAGGCCCGGUUUGAAAAGGAGACCCAGGAGCUGCAAAAGCAGCAGCAGUGGUAUCAGGAGAACCAGGUGACCCUGACGCCCGAGGAUGAAGACUUGUACCUGAGUUACUGCUCUCAGGCCAUGUUCCGCAUCCGCGUCCUGGAGCAGCGGCUCAAUCGACACAAGGAGCUGGCCCCACUGAAGUACCUGGCUCUGGAGGAAAAGCUCUACAAGGACCCACGCCUGGUGGAGGUAUUGAAAGUCUUUGUUUGAUGCUUCUCAGUCCCCACACCUGUGGUCCUUUGCCCCUCCUGAGGCCUCAGUGAAGCUGCCAGAGAAAGAAACCUCCCCCAAAGCCUGGCCCACGUGCUCCCUAUGCCCAGCUAAUGACCAUCCACUUGGCACCUGGCCUCGCUGCUGCACCACCUCCCUGCAGCCAUCUGUUCCUGCUUCUCCUGAUUUUCCUGUAAAUAAACACUUGUAAUUUGC